AUGGAGGCUUUUGAUGUGUUGGAUCACGAUCGUGUUCGUUAUGGGGUACAACUACUGAAAGGGGAGGCUCAGAUAUGGUGGAAGGGUGUGCAGUCAGCUCGGACUACUACACAUGGCCCGUUGUCCUGGCACGAGUUUGUCAGGCAGUUUGAGAGGAGGUUCUACCCGGUGACUUUCCUGGAUAGGAUGAAGAUUGAUCUGAAUGCCUAUACGCAGGAUAAGAAGUUAGUUGCAGAGUAUGAAGUGGGCUUCAAUCAGAUUGUCCGCUUCGUCCCACACGUGGCGCAUGACGAUGUAGAGAAGGCUUUGGGUGUGGAGAUGCAGCAGGUGUACACUGCUGACUUGCAGAAGUCUUCAGGUGGUGAGCAGUCUCGCAGUCAGAGCGAUAGGAAGGGCCAUUCUGGUGGCCCUGUUCACAAGAAGGGGAAGUUCCAGCGUCACCAGCCAUACCGCGGUAAGUCUUCUCAGUCCAGUGCUUCAGGAGGGAGCGCACCUCAGUACCGGGCUGUUCCCAAGCCUGGCUUGGGGCUGGUGUGCUUCCGGUGUAGCAACGCGCACCGUCGUGUGGAGUGUUAG